AUGGUUGAGGAAUAUACCUCAAUAAUGCAGAAUGAUGCAUGGGAGGUAGUUCCUAGACCAACAGAUAGGGUUAUGGUUGGAUCGUGCUGGAUCUACAAGAUCAAGCAUGGUGCAGAUGGUAACAUCGAGAAAUACAAGGCAAGUUUCAGCACAGAUGGGAUGGCAGAUCCAUCAAAUGGAUGUGAAGACAAAAUUCCUAAAUGGCGAGUUGAAAGAGGAGGUACAAGUGAGUAUGGGAUUAGGUAUGCUCGAGGUGAAGGAAUUAGGUUGAUGGGCUAUACUGAUGCAGAUUGGUUGUGGCAAAGGGAAUUCGACCCUAGCAAAGAGGGAUUCACCAAGGAGGUGAAGUUUGAAGAAAAUGGUGGCAACGACAUGGUGGUGGAGUCCUGGAAUGACGAGAAUGGCCUGGGAAAAGAAGCAGAGAUAGAGGUGGAGACCAUGUGGAAAAUGAUGGCCAGUGUCACCAAAAAGCAACUUCUUGACAUUCUCCUGGAAGCCUUUUCAAAGCACAAUGGCAUUGCAGAACAAGUUCAGGAUAUUGCAGCAAGCAGCUUUUCCCAUAUUCAUGAAGACAAGUCCGUGGUGUUUGAGAAGGAUGCAGCGGAAGCCACUCUGCCACUCCCAAUUUCUUCUUCUGUUUAUUCUCCAAAUCACGGUGCUACCUCUCGAGAUGCUUGUAUCUCGUAUCCAAAUUCAGCUGAUCAUUUCCAGAAUGCGGCUAUGCAUGCCCCAACUAUGAUAUCAUCUAUUGGUUUUAACAGGGGUCUCGAUUUAGCAUUGGCUCGUGCUCAAUCUCUGAUUAUGGGUGUUGCGUCCAUAUUGGGCUUGGCGGAAUUUGUUCUCAGCGCAGAAUCUAGUUACACUGUAAUCAUUCAAAAGGCAUAUGGAGAAAUGGUGGAUAUCAUUGCAAAAGCUCAGCAUGAGGAGAACAUUGGUUGGAUUCUUGGUUCUGGCACAUUGGAACAAAUUUCCAAUUCAAGGGAAAGCAUGAUUCUAGCUUCUCUAGGUCCCUCACCAUAUCCUGAACUCUUGACUACAAGCAAUCAAUGUGUACAAUUUGCUUCCGUUACACGAGAUGGUAGCAUAGUUGAGUUCAUUGAAGAUGCAACUUACAUUUAUGAUUCUAAUGGUGCUUUUCUUGCUAUGGGUUUUGCUAAUAAUUGUCAUUGGGUGUAUACUUUUAACUUCAUUGAGGAUGAUGAUGACUCAUAUAUUCCUUUGACUCCUCCAUCUAAUAUUGGGAGCUUUAUAGACUUGGCCUCUUAUUCCUCUACCUCAAAUUUGGAGAACAUGCUUGAGGAGGUUUCUCUUCUCUUUGUAUAUUUUAUAUUGGUGGAUGAUUUUGAGUCUCUUUCAUUCUUUGUUUCUUCUUUUAUUGAGGAUUUUCCUAGUCUUGUUGAGACAUUUGUGGAGGCAUUUCACUCUUCUUUCGAGCUUUCAAUGUUGAGACUUCUCAUUACAUUAUGGAUGUGGAUUUUCUUCUACAUGCACAAUUAUAUUUAUUUCUUCCCAAGGGUAGAUAGGUUGUUUGUCACCAUUGGAUGCCUUUUUCACGUCAAACAUACUUUUAUGAUAAAGAGUACUACUGUUACGAAGUUAUGCAGCAAGCAUGAGAUAAUCACUGUGAAUGGACAACUACCGGGCCCAACCCUAUAUGUUCAUAAUGGAGACAAUCUUCUUGUUAAAGUGCACAACAAAGCACUCUAUAAUGCUACCAUUCACUGGCAUGGAGUGCGACAGUUAAACACAGGUUGGUUUGACGGACCAGAGUACAUAACGCAGUGUCCCAUUCAACCAGGAGGAAGUAUGACAUACAAAUUCAGAAUUGUUGAUCUAGAAGGAACUCUGUGGUGGCACGGUCAUGCAUCAUGGCUGAGAGCUACUGUUUAUGGAGCAAUAGUCAUCUAUCCUAAAAAGGGCACUUCAUAUCCGUUUCCUCCCCCCACUGGCCAAGUUACUAUUCUCUUAGGAGAAUGGUGGAACAGCAAUCCCAUUGAUGUCAUCAAUGAGGCGAUUCGUACAGGCGGUGGGCCAAAUGUAUCAGACGCUUUUACAAUUAAUGGUCAACCUGGUGAUCUAUAUCCAUGUUCCAGUUCAGAAACCUUUAGCUUUCAUGUUAGGGCUGGGCAAACAUAUCUUGUAAGGAUCGUCAACGCAGCUCUGAACAAUGAACUAUUUUUCCAGAUUGCAAAUCAUAACUUUACAGUAGUGAACGUGGAUGCUGCAUACACAAAGCCAUAUAAUACAGAUGUUAUGAUGAUCACACCAGGCCAGACAGCAGAUAUACUUGUCAUUGCAAACAGUCCUCCAGGAGAAUACUUCAUGGCAGCCAGAUCAUAUACUUCUUUGGGAUCCGCUAAUUUCAACAACAGUACAACUACAGCUAUUUUACGUUACGAAGAUUCCAUGCUAUCUUCUUCAUCCCCAAUCCUCCCUCCUCUUCCGCCAUACAACGACACUCCUACUGCCACUAAAUUUAGUGGGUCUCUUAGAAGCCUUGCCACACCAAAAUACCCCAUUGAUGUUCCUCAACAAAUAGAUGAUAAUGUGGUGACAACAAUGGGACUUGGGUUGCUUGCUUGUACCCUCAAUCAGACUUGUGCAGGCCCAAAUGGAUUCAGAUUCGCUGCAAGCAUGAACAACAUAUCGUUUGUGAAGCCCAGCAUUGCCAUUCUCCAAGCUUAUUACUUUAACAUAGAAGGAGUCUUCACUUCAGACUUUCCUUCAAGACCACCCUUUGAGUUCAAUUAUACUGGGGAAAACAUAACUUCAAGCCUUUGGGUUCCUGUCCCGGCAACUAAAGCGAAGGUGCUUAAAUUCAAUUCUACAGUGCAAUUGGUUUUACAGGGAACAAGCAUUUUGCUUGCAGAGAACCAUCCAAUGCACCUUCAUGGUUACAGCUUUUAUAUUGUUGGGCAGGGAUUUGGAAACUACGACGCCCAAAUUGACCCACUUAAUUUCAAUAUCAUUGAUCCUCCAUUGCGCAAUACUGUGGGAGUGCCCAUCAACGGAUGGGUUGCACUGAGAUUCAAAGCUGACAAUCCAGGGGCGUGGUAUUUGCACUGCCACUAUGAUGAUCACUUGCCAUGGGGAUUGAGUAUGGUGUUUAUUGUGCAGGAUGGUUUAGAUGACAAGGCGACAUUAAAGCCUCCUCCUCCAGACCUCCCUAGAUGCUAG